CUCCCCUCCCUCCAUAACCAUAUCACUCGCUCAAUCAAUCGGCUGCUGUUGCUCACUGCUCUGCUCAGCUCAGCUGGAGUAAAAUGUGAAGGGAUCCCUGAUCGAGCGAACAAGAUCUGCCUCACCAAUCAAAGAGCAUAGGUAGCUGACCUCUGAUGAAAACGGAUAGGAGAGGAGGAGGAGGACACUACUGAACCAGACAAACUGUGUUCAGCUGCCUCCUUGGUGCCUGUGAGCUGCUGCUGCUCACUUCUUCUUCCCCGGACAUGAAUUCCAGCCGGAGCCUGCUCUCGUCGCCGCUCUUCCCCACCUCCUCUCCAAACUUCAGGUCCUCCCCAUCCCCCUCCCGCACCUCAGCUCAUCUGGUUUGGGCAGUUCCGAUGAUACAUGACAGCACCGGCGGCCGGGCAUCCACCGCCUGCCACUACUCGCCAUCGCUGGUGGCCGAGGAGCAGCAAGCCCACAGCUCCGUAUCCCUCAAGGGCGAAAAGGCCUUGCUGGAGUUCCUGCUGGACAUGGCUUUGGAGCAGCACACAGAAGGGAAGAGCCUCACCGGCCAAGAUGGGGCGGAGGGCGAGUUCGAGAGCUAUUUGCGGGGCCUGCAGCGCCAAGUCAUUUACCAGCAGGCGUUUGGUGAAAAGAACAACUUUACUUGUGCAAUCACUUCAACUUCAACGCCGUCAGCGAAAUCAGUUUCAAGUUUGGAUCUUAAUGCAACCUCAGCGACCUUGAUGAAGGAGGUGGCAUUUUUAGCACAUGGAUCAGGCACUUCAGCCACCCAGCUGAAUGUACCGCCACCGGUUACAACAAGUGUGGAGACCAACCACCUGCAUGAGAAACUGCUCAGCAAUGGGCAAGUGUUCAUUCGGUCUACACGGUUGCUCGAGAGAAGAUCGAAGAAACGCAAUGUUCCUCGAGCAUCAACAAGCAGCACUGAUGUUGUCCAGUGCGGUGUCGCCGACUCGAAGAAGAAAGACAGACCAAAGAAGUAUGGCCGGGUUCUCGGUCCAGAUGAACCCUUCAGGUUGUUCCUACGAGACCGCGAGACGACAGAGUUCUUGACGGCAAAGGAAGAGAGGCACUUGUUCAGCCAGAUACAGAAUCUUAUGAAACUGGAGGAGGCUCAGCGUAGGCUAGAAGCGCAAUGUGGCCGCGAGCCGACGCUUCCCGAGUGGGCUCAGGCCGUAGGAAUGAGCUGCAAGGAACUGCAGUCGUCCAUACACAUCGGAAGGCGCUGCAGGGAGAAGAUGGCCCGCUCCAACUUCCGCCUUGUCAUACACGUAGCUAGGAAAUACCAGGGAUAUGGCCUUGACAUUGAGGACCUAGUUCAGGAUGGGUGCUGUGGGUUGAUGAAGACCUUCGAGAAAUUCAAUCCAAGCAAGGGAUGCAGGUUCCCGACGUACGCGUACUGGUGGAUACGCCAAGCAAUCAAAAAGUCUAUCUUCAAGCAUUCGAGACUGAUUCGGUUGCCGGAGAGUGUGUAUGCACGUCUGAAAAAGGUGGGGAAAGCGAGGCUGGAGUGCAUCUUGGAAGGGGAGCAGCCUACUAACCAAAAUGUAGCUAGGCGUGCCGGCAUCACGAUCGAGAAGCUGGCGAAACUCAAAGCGAAGACCAGAAAGCCACGAUCAAUGCAGGAUCAAGUCUGGUCCAACGACGCAGUCACCUUCCAGGAGAUCACGGAGGACCCGAACAUUGACCCACCGGACCUGGUGGUGGACAGGAUAAUGAUGAGGCAGCAGGUGCGGGAGUUCCUGGGCAUCCUGAGCACGAGGGAGAAGGAGAUCAUCGAGCACCGGUUCGGGAUCUACGACGGCGAGCCCAAGACGCUCCACGUGAUCGGCGACAUGUACGGCCUGUCCAAGGAGCGGAUCCGGCAGCUCCAGAACCGGGCGCUGGACAAGCUCAAGAGGAGCGUGUCCACGCAGGGGUUCGACGUCUACUUGGACCUGCUGACCUCGAAUGGCUAGGCAGCGCCUCGUUUGCUCUCGGUUCGAUUGUUCAUACAGAAGGGAACACACAUGUAUGUAUGUAUGUAUGUAUGUAUGUAGCCUAAGAAGCUAGAACCCCACUGACAUGUGCAAGCCUCCUAGAACUGAAGCAGAGAAACACACACAACACACUUUCAGAGUUUCAGUGGCAUGCUUUUUUGCCGGGUGUAAGUAAAAAUAUCGCAGCAAAGCUGGUGGUACAUACUACAUACAUACUGAUACUGCAAUUGAUUUCUUGCAACCAAGGACUUGGCUGAAUC